AUGGGUCCCUACAAUUUCUAUGCCCUCAUUCUGCACUGCGUGGAUUCCAUCGAGGCUCAGCUUGCCAAGAAGGCAGACGCCUUCACAGAAGAAGCCGAGACCGUCCUCGCAAAUGCCUUGUUUAUUUUGUCCUACCUCUUCGCAGCGCUGCCGGCAGCCACGGCGCGAGGAAGCGACGCAGAGGCUGGCCAGGAGCCCAACGAGGCUGCCAACGUGUCCUUCGCGGAGAAGUUGUGGCAGGCGCCAGAGAAUGGUCUUCGACCGCUCGGUGAGCGAGUUGCGGAUGCCGUCAUGCGAUCCUUGUUUCACGACGGCUUCACCAUUGACGGCCCCGAUCUUGAGGACUCCGAAGCCCCGGAGAUGGUGAAUGGAGUCGUGCCCGCGCUGAUUUGGCAAGAGGGAGUUGGACCGGAAGGAUCCAGUCAGCCCAAAAACGAGAUGCAGGAAAACAGGGUUGUAGCUCUUCAACUGCUGGUGGCAUUUCUUUCUGGCGGAGCUCCUUCUGCGUCCGUGCUUCAGGUUCCUGAACAUCCUGAAGAUGGAAACGACAACAUUGACGCAAAGCUUUCCAGGCUUGUGAUUCUGGACCCGAGACCGCUGGCAUAUCUAUCAGAUGCAAGCAGGACUGUACCAUUCAGAGGCGAGCUCUUCUUUUCCCUGAUGUCUGUCGCCUUGGGCUACGACCCCCAUGGGUUUGGGGUGCCGUAUGGCGGCUACUUCGCAGGGGCAAAGCAGGAGGCCUUUGCCCACGUUUGCCUCCAGGCCCUGGGUCUGCUGCUGCAAGACAUGGGAGACGCGGCGGAUUCUCAAGGUGACCUGGCGGUUUCCUCCAGCCUGGUGGCGAAAAGACCUCAGGAGUUGCUGGUUUCCACCAAGUCCAUUCCAGAGGAGGAAGGAGGUGGCGCUGCUCAGAACUUCUUCCGGGAGAUGUUGGGGAGCAUCAGCUCGGCUUCAGAGGUGGAGUUCAUGGUGGAGGGGGUGGUGAAGCUGCUGGGGACGGUCGGCAAGGAGAGGAAGAGCUACUUGCCCAGUUCAAUGAGGCUGCCGCCCUUUCUUCCGGAGCUCCUGGUGUUAGUCUUGCACUUGACGGCGUGCCCAAAGUUCGUGGCAGGCGCUUGUGCGGAGGAAGAUGUGGUCGGCCUGAUAGAAGGCGUGCUGCUCGCAGCAAGCCAGGCUCCGCAACAUGUCUGCGAGACCACUUUGAGCCUAAUCGAGGCGGCGAUUUUGCUGAACCUCACCUCGUAUCGGGAAGUUUGUGUCCAGCUGGAUGAGGACUUCGAGGGGAACCUGCCUGAAAGCAUUCCCGACUUCGAGGGCUCCGCGGCGGACUUCGUGGCAAUGGCUGCGUUGACACAGGCGAGUGAGUACCUGAACAAGAAGUCCAAGGCCAGCAAGGUGCACGAGAGCAUCGUGCAGAUGAGCCUGGCCACCCUUGCAAACGUGUCCACCUUUGCGGACGGCUUUUGCAUUGAGCUCUGCUCGCGUUUGUUCUCACUCUUCGAGCGCUGCGCGAAGUCGUUGCAGGCCAAGCGUGACAGGCAAUGGCUUGGCAGCCACAUCCCAAUCCUGCUGGAAGCAUUCGACAAUGCCCUACAGUACAAAUACUCCGGGAACAUGAACCUGGCCUAUGGUCUUAUGACCAGACAGGCCAUCUUCCGGGAUCUCGUGUCAACGGUGCCCCAAGUUUCGUUGGCACUGACAGCGCCAGACGAGGAUGCCCAAGAGAUGACUCGGCAGUGGCAACAAGCAGUUGAGGCACACUUGCUUCCCGUGGCGGGUCUACUGGAUGCUACGGUGCCCAUUCUGGAAGCUCAGGUGGAGAAGCACGAGAUCUCCAACUCUGAAGAAGCAAAGGAGCUUCUCCCCAGGUGCAUCUUGGGGUUGAUGCCUCCUCCUCAUGCAUUCCAAAUGAGGCACUUGCAGCGCUGUGCGGCCACGCAUGUGGCGUGUGAGCACCUCCUUGCGGCCUCCGUUGGCGAUGGACCAUACUCUCCGCUCUGGGAGGUGGAGGAGACGACUCCAAACGCCUCGCAGGCCAGCCGAGGACGAGGACAAGAAACCAAGUCUGAGUCCCAAAAAGCCCGCAGAGAGCGCAGUGGCAGCAGAGCACGAAGCAGCAGUCGCUCGAGAGGUGCAAAGGCGUUGUCUGCCAAAGGCCCAGUCACUCCCAACGGAUGUGAUGACGGGGAGCAGGCGGCGGCAAGUGCCACUUAG